UCAUCUCAUUCCCACUGGCGGCAAACAGUGGCAGCUUGCCUUUUCAUUGACUGUGAGACAGAUUAUUUGGGCUCUGCUGAAUCCUUUAUUGGAAUAAAUUGAGUGGUUUGGGGGCAGCACUGAGGCCUUCAGUAACUUCAGCAGCCUCAGAAGAUGAGCGAUGGCAUUCAAAGUAACUUUCUUGAUGUUUUUUACCUCCUGGUGGAUCAUUUUCCUGGUCAUCCAUGUGCAGCUUCUCAAAGCAGGGAAACUUGAAGGCCCAUGUCAAGGCAGAGACUGCUCUCAGUGUGUGUGUCACCCUGCUAAAGGUGCAAGGGGACCUCCAGGGAAACCAGGAAAGCAAGGUACUCAGGGUCCAAUGGGACAAAGAGGACGAGAUGGGUCUCAAGGGGAGAAGGGAAGAGUGGGCACAGCAGGAUCACAUGGCCUACAGGGUCCUCAAGGAGACCGUGGUUUGACUGGUGCUCCCGGUUUCACGGGUCAUGAAGGAUUUCCAGGCCACCCAGGAGCAGCGGGUGAGCCUGGUUUACCAGGAGUCGAUGGCUGUAAUGGAACAAGAGGUCAACCAGGACUGGAUGGUCUGCCAGGACUGGAUGGCCUCCAUGGGCCACCUGGGCCAAAGGGUGCUAAAGGAAGCAAAGGAAUGCCUAAUUAUAGUGGUGCUCUUCCAGGUCCUCCUGGUGAACGAGGUAGAGAUGGAGAUCCUGGUCAAACAGGAAGCCCAGGGAACAUUGGGCCUAAGGGUCUUCGUGGCCUUCCUGGACUUCGUGGGCCUAAGGGUGUAGAAGGUCAUAAAGGUGUGAAAGGACCACAUGGUGACCCUGGAAGAUCACCUAGAGGUGAAAUUGGUGAACAAGGCCCACCUGGACCACCUGGCCCACCUGGACCAGAGGAACAGAAAGGAUAUCCUUCAGAAUACUAUUUCCUUAAGGGUGAGAAGGGGAAUAAAGGUCCUCCUGGACCAUGUGGACCAAAAGGGCAUCGAGGUAUCUACAGUUCUAGUCAAACGGGACCUAAAGGAGAGAAAGGAAUCCUGGGAUUUCCAGGGGAUAGAGGUAGUCCUGGACGGCCUGGUGGAGACGGAUUGACUGGAUAUGAGGGUGACCCUGGAGACAAAGGACUGCCAGGGCUCAUUGGAAGAAUAGGAGAAAAGGGUUGGCCAGGGGAUCCAGGUCCCCCUGGUUUUUCUCAAUUUCUUAAUGAAAGUGCUGUGAGAGGUCCUAAGGGAGACCGUGGAUAUCCAGGUGCACGUGGGAUCCCAGGAGAGCCUGGGCAUAUGGGUAUGCCUGGCCCUCCAGGCCCACCAGGUGUACCAGACUCACAUGGCCGACCUGGUCAACCAGGUGACCCUGGUGAAAAGGGUGAGAAGGGAGAACCAGGGACAUACGAUUCAAAUGAAAUACUUUUCACUCUGGGACCAAAGGGAGUAAAAGGACAUCAAGGAGAAAGAGGCCCCGAUGGUUGCUCUGGUCCACCAGGAUGUGGAAAUUAUUACUGCGAGCCUGGUUCUCCAGGGGAACCUGGUGAAGAUGGACCCAAAGGAUUUUCUGGAAAGAAAGGCCUAAAAGGAGUUAAAGGUUGUCCAGGGGAAUGUACAUGUGUGCAUACUUUGGGGGCUGUUGGCCCACCUGGUCCACCUGGUUAUCCAGGAUCUCUAGGAUUUCCAGGGGCUCCAGGACUUCCGGGGGAUCCGGGACCUAGGGGAAGUGAUGGCCCAAGAGGACCAGAUGGCACAUAUGGUUUCACAGGUCUAAAAGGAAGAAAGGGUGAGAAAGGUGACACAUAUGGGAGGGGUUCUAAAGGUGGGAAAGGGGACAGAGGAGAACCAGGAUAUGCUGGUCCUUUAGGACGAACAGGUGAGCCUGGAGAAGAUGGCUUCCCUGGUCCGGUAGGAGAACCUGGUCCACCGGGUUCUGGCUAUGUGGGACGCCCUGGACCCAGAGGUUAUGCAGGUCCUCCAGGGCCCAAAGGAUUCCCUGGCCCCCUUGGUCAACCAGGUCCUGGAUUUCCUGGCCUGAAGGGAUUACCUGGACUUCAAGGAAAUCAGGGAUAUCCAGGGAUUCCUGGAGUCCCAGGACGACCAGGUCCACCAGGUGAAACAGAUCCAUGCUGUCAUGAAGGCCAUAUUGGACCACCAGGGCCUAAGGGUGAGCCAGGGUUACCAGGUGUUCAGGGUCAACCUGGAAGAGAUGGCUAUCCAGGAACUCCAGGACAACAAGGAUCUAAAGGGAUAAAGGGAGAUGAUGGAGAAACUCUGACUGGACCGCCAGGAUCUAGUGGUGCAAAUGGAGAUCCAGGUGACCAUGGUCCCACUGGCCUUAGCCUGGAUGGCCCUGAUGGUCUUCCUGGGUCACCAGGACCCCAUGGCAGAAAAGGGGACCCAGGAGACAUCCUUUCAGCUUGGCCAGGUUCAAUUGGUCCUCCUGGACCACCAGGAGCUGUGGGGCCAUCCGGAAUUCCUGGAAUCCCUGGACAUCCAGGAUCUCCAGGAUUAGAAGGCCCACCAGGACCCCAAGGUCACAAGGGAGAUCCUGGGGACAGUGGAGACCUUGGAGAUACUGGUGCCCAAGGUCCACCAUGCACUGUUUGUGAUGUAGUAGGUACGCCUGGACCUCCAGGACUUCCAGGGGGCCCUGGUGAACAAGGAGUGCCAGGCUACCCUGGUCAGAAAGGGGUGAAGGGAGAUGUUGGUCCACCUGGUCGAGGACAGAAGGGUUUGAAAGGUAAUCCUGGUAUUCCUGGGCCUCCUGGCCCAGCUGGACCAAGAGGUGUUGUUGGUCCUCCAGGAGACCCUGGUAUUCAUGGCUUACAGGGACAGAAAGGUGAAAAAGGCUUGCCUGGGACGCCUGGGUCUAGAAGUAGGCCUGGCAAUCCUGGGCCUCCAGGGCAACCAGGUGAAAAGGGAGAAAGAGGUUUUCCUGGUCGUUAUGGAAAUACAGGUGAUCCAGGAUAUCCUGGUAGAAAAGGCUCAACUGGACCCGUGGGAUUCCCAGGAACAUGUUCAAUUGUCAACGUGAUAAAAGGUUCUCCUGGACUUUCUGGAAGAAGGGGGCCUCCUGGUCAGCCAGGGUUUGCAGGAUACAAAGGCAGCACAGGCAUGCCUGGUGAUGUGGGGCCUGAUGGAUGGCCAGGAUCACAAGGAUUAAAAGGAUUUGCUGGUAUUCCAGGUAGAGAAGGAUUAUCAGGCCUCCCUGGACUUCAAGGGAUUAAAGGAUUCCCAGGUCCAAGGGGGUAUUCUGGGAAUACUGGAGAUCAGGGAGAUCCAGGGCCACCAGGACAAAUUGGUAUCCCUGGUCUCCCAGGAUUUUCUGGUGUAAAAGGUAAUAAAGGGCAGUCUUAUGAGAUACCUGGCCCAAAAGGAUUCAAAGGAUUACCUGGGGAGAUUGGGCAAAGUGCACUUACAGGAAGUCCUGGGGAUCCAGGUGACCUAGGACCCAGGGGAAGGCAAGGGCAACCUGGACGUCCAGGGGUUGCUGGGGAAACCGGAAGACAAGGAGGGCCAGGCUCUCCUGGGUCCCGAGGUCCACCAGGGCGUCAAGGCAUUAGAGGUCCUCCAGGUGAUGUAGGAGUUGUGGGACCACCUGGCCCCCCUGGCCCAUGGGGCAAUCCAGGUGCCCCUGGAACACCAGGUCAGGAUGGAUUGAAUGGGCUAAGAGGUCUGAAAGGGAUGAAGGGAGCAGAUGGCCACGCCACUCCUGGACCUCGUGGACAAGAUGGUUUACCUGGAGCCAAAGGCACCCGGGGCAUCUCGGGACCGCCGGGGGACACUAUUCCAGGGGUUAAAGGCCAAACUGGGCCACCUGGGAACACAGGUUUUCCAGGAAUCCCAGGAACACCUGGUAGACCUGGCAAAGUCUGCCAAAACUCCCUUCAAGGACCUGAAGGAGAUAGAGGCUAUGAAGGGCUCCCAGGACCCUCAGGUCCUCCUGGUCCACCUGGGCCACCAGGUGGAAGCAUUUCAUACAAAGGAGACUCAGGACCAGAUGGUCAUCGUGGACCACCAGGUUAUUGGGGAAAUAAAGGCGAGCCAGGACCUCCAGGGCCUCCUGGCCACAGAGGCAGUCCAGGACCAAAGGGUGAGAAAGGUCCUGAUGGGCCAAGGGGCCUUCUGGGACGCAAAGGUCAACAGGGCAUCCCUGGACCUCAAGGAUGUAAGGGAGAAAUUGGUCCAAUUGGAGAGCCAGGUGUCAAAGGUCAACCUGGUGAUUUAAUCACUGUAGGUUUAAGGGUUCCUCCCCGUGGUCCCCCAGGGCCAAAAGGCGUUUCAGGAAGUGUAGGAAGUCAAGGGUAUGGGGGUCAUCCUGGUCCUUUUGGUCAAACAGGACAAAAAGGUCUUAAAGGGUCUGUGGGCUUUCCUGGCAUUCCAGGGCCUCCUGGGUUUGAUGGUCCCCAUGGAGACCCAGGUGAUGUUGGUGAGCGAGGAUACCCCGGGCCUCAAGGUGCCCCUGGUCCUCCUGGCGAUACAGGCGAGCCUGGCCAUAGAAGGCAACUUAGAUCAGACUUUCUUUUAGUUAUCCACAGCCAGUCAGUUCAGGUACCGCAGUGUCCUGCAGGUAGCAACCAGCUGUGGGUGGGAUACAGUCUCAUCUACCUGGAAGGACAAGAGAAGGCUCACACACAAGAUCUGGGUCAGCCUGGCUCUUGUCUCCCCGUUUUCUCCACCAUGCCUUUCUCGUACUGCGACAAAGACGCAUGCUACUACUCAAGUCGCAAUGACAAAUCCUAUUGGCUUUCCACUACUGCUCCUAUAUCAAUGAUGCCACUCUUUGGCCAGGAGAUAAGCCUCCACAUUAGCCGCUGUGUUGUGUGUGAGACCUCUUCACCAGCAGCGCCAUUUCAUAGUCAAGACCAAGCAAUUCCUCCCUGCCCAGAUGGCUGGAAGAGUUUAUGGACAGGAUAUUCUUUCCUUCUGCACACAGGGGCAGGCGAUGAGGGUGGUGGACAGUCGCUGGCUUCUUCUGGUAGCUGCCUCAGAGAUUUUCGAACUCAUCCCUUCAUUGAGUGUCAAGGUGCGCAGGGUUCCUGUCACUACUUUUCCAAUCUUUACAGUUUUUGGCUAACUACUGUAAGAGAUAGAGAGGAAUUCGUCCCUGUAAAGCCUGGUACCAUCAAAGCAGCUGAUCAGCAGCGGUACAAGGCCAGUCGGUGUAAUGUUUGCCUUCGGGAUUAAUGAUUCUGUAGACUUCAAGCUGUAAGUCUAGUUAUGUUAAACACAUUUGUGAUAUUUAAGAUAUUUAAAACCAAGGGUAACCCAACAUUGUACACAAGGCCAUAAGCUGAGGUUUCAUUUUAAGACCAACCUCUAGUUAACAUCACGGUCUUACAGCCACCAGUUGCCAACCAACUGUCUUGUCUUGUCCUUUUUUUGCUUUCUACCUUUAGUGCAACAUGUUUUACAAUUAACUAAGCAGACAAUACAUCAAUCUGACUGUACAACAGAAUGUGUUUUGCUUGACAAUCACAUCCU